AGUUGCUCCAUGGACAAUCUUCGUAUACUCAAAUAGAUUCCUCAUAUCGAAAGGGUCUACAGGGAUCUAUAUAAGUAGACUUGCCGUUCCUGACUAGGUCCCCCUGGCUCGUGCGCUCACCGAUCCUCGGACCAACGACAAGACAUGCGGGGUUCUCCUUAACCUCACCAUCUCCGUGCUGUCCCAACUCACGCGCUUCCAACCGGCUUCUCCAUCCCCACGAGGACCAUGAAGUCGCGGCAGCGCUCAUGCAAAUCAUGGGUCGCGCUCUCCUGAGACCAUUUGAAUCAGCAUGGACGACGGUCCGUCGUGCCCAAGUUCACACCACCGCCACCACCACGUGGAGGAGGCUGUACGCGGGCACCCCGGCUCUGGGAGUACAUGCGCCGCGACGAUGCAUGUCGACUGAGACAAUCCCCCUCGCGGAGCAACAACAAAAGCGCCCCGCCGCCGGGGGUGGUGACGGCGACGUCCUCUGCUCCGUCGACGCCGCCCCGCCAGGAGGGGAGGGCACCGUCGCGACCGUCACGCUCUCGAACCCGCGGCGGCUCAACAGCCUGAGUGGGGAGCUCAUCGCUAAGCUGACCUCGACGCUGCGCUCGCUGGCUGACGAGCCCGACGUGCGCUGCGUCGUCAUCCAGGGAGCUGCUCCUGCUGCGGCAGACCCCGUCAAGGAGGAGGAGGAGGGGAAGAAGAAGAAGAAUCCGCCCCCAUCCUUCACCACGGGCGCCAACAUUUUCGAAAUGGCCCGCCUCCAGUCCUACGACGACGCCAAGGCCUUCAUUACCGCGCUGCACCGCGCGUGCCAGGCCGUGCGCCACCUCCCCGUCCCCUCCAUCGCGCGCAUCCACGGCCUCUGCCUCGGCGGGGGGCUCGAGCUCGCCGCCGCCUGCGACUUCCGCUACGCGACGCGCGCCUCGACGUUUGGCAUGCCCGAGGCGCGGUACGGCGUCCCGUCGGUCGUCGAGGCGCGGCUGCUGGCCAACAUCGUGGGCUGGCAGCGGGCCAAGGAGAUGGUGUACUUUGCGCGGAUCUACGGCGCGCCCGAGAUGGAGCGCUGGGGGCUCGUGGACGGGUGCUGCGCGACGGUGGAGGAGCUGGACGGGGUGGUCGCGGGGGCGGUGGCGGGGAUAACGGCGUUGGGGCCCGGGGCGGUGAGGGAGCAGAAGCGCCUGGUGAGGAUAUGGGAGGAGAGCGAUCUGGGGACGGGGAUUGAGGCCGGGGUGGAUUCGUUUGCGCGCAUGUUUAGCGAUGGCGGGGAGGAGCCUGCGCGCUACAUGAAGGCGUUUACGGAGAGGAAGAAAUAA